UUUGUGAUGGUAUUGUACCAAAGUUACUCUUCCGACACCAACUCGGAUGUGAAGCCUUCUGAAGUUUCGAAUUCCCCUGUAGCGAGUUUCAUGGAUUCGAAACAAGGAGACGUCGUUGAAAAUAGAAACCAACGGAGUACUGAAGGUAGACUAUGGAAGGAAAUGGCCUGUGCAGCGUCACCCAAGAUUUUAAGGGGUGUAGACGCAGAGGGACGUCAAGUUCAACAGUUCAGCAUACUUCGAGGAAAUCCUUGGCAGUUAGAUUCUACAAACGCCGAAAUAGACUCUAUUCGGGUGUGGCCGGUAAGUGUUGGUAGAAACGCGACGAGAUCGAGUGUAGCGGACCCAAGAACCUUCCAAAACUGCGACACUGAUCGAAGCUUGGUUGCAAUUGAAGAAUACGAACUCGACGACUUUGAUGGCGUUGUAGAUGAAAGGCAUCUUUUGGUAUCCAAUCUCAACGACAACGCCAGUGAGACUUUUCUUGAAAACGAGUUUGGAAAAUAUGGUACUUUACACAAGGUUGAAAUUCACUUUUUCAAGGGGAAACAUAGUGGACUCGCUUCUAUUCAAUACAAGAAAAUAACGGACGCUUUAUGGGUGUCAAAAAUCAUGGACAAGAAACUUUUGAUGGGUCGAGAAAUUAGAGUCCAGUGUGACCCUGAGAAAAUUUUGCUACAAAAUGCAUUGGAGCAACUUGAAACUCAUCAUAACAUGAAACUAUUGAUCGUUUCUCCUCUGACCACUGAUAUUGAGGCUAGUCGAGAAGCGGAUAGAGAAGAAAACGCAGAUAAGCCGUUUGGUAGGACUGGAACGGAGCAAAAUGCAAAUUCUCAUCGUUUCUCACGGAAGGACAGCAUGCGAGAGAAGACAGAUUCAAAGGCUCUUUGGAAGCAAUCAGAAAAUGACUGUGAACGUGUAUAUGCACCUGCUCUUAAGUUAGCUAUGCUUCCUCUUUCUAUUCAAGAAAAAGACAUUUUGAAUUUCUUUCGAAAAGCCCACCCCUUCAAAGUUAUUGAAAGUGGUCCUUACUGGAUAGUUGUCUUUAGCAGAGAAAGAGACCGUCGUCACAUUUUAAGAAAGUUGUUCCGAGAUCCGUAUGAAAAUGCUAGAAUUUCAGGCCUUCGUUUUCACUUUGAGAAAUAUGACUAUUUUUUGACAAAAGAUGAAGAGAUGGAGUAUAAACAAUUUUAUCAACAAAGCAGUGGAGAUAAAAGUAAUAAGAUGGUCACUCGAAGUGAGAUUAUAAAGGAAGUAACGCGAAUGGUGCGCUCACUCCUAAUAGAACGUAUUUUGACACAGAUAGAGAAAACAGUUAUCGACCAAACGGUUGGUCGUGUCCUAUCUGAGGCUCGAAAUGAGAUAUUGUCAAAGAAUGCAAAUGAACCUUAUGUUGACACGAAUAAUUAUUUGGCACGAAUACCGACGGCAAGAUACGAUGCUGCCUUAUUGGAUUAUGAUAUGUUUCGCAAGCAAAAGACGCAGUCCCAAUACUCGGAUAAGAAUCAAAAUGGUAUAACCAUGAAAAGACCUAAAUAUCCUAUGAAAAGUUCGAGCUCCUUUUCACUAGAUGGCAGAAUUUCAAGCGAUAAAGAUGAUACUUUAGCUGAUAUGGACCAACAGUCAUUGAGAUCCCUUGAUUCAGCAACUGGACUUAAAAAUGUCGAACCUGCAGUUUCAGAGUACUCAUGGAGUGAUGAUGACUUGGAUGACGAUGAUUUAAUUGAAGAUAAUCACAUUAUUGAAAAUCCGUACGGUUGUGCUCGAGCCGAACCUUUUAUAUCUAGUACAAAGUUGCAUGUGGCUACAAGUAAAAAACCAAAAUUGGGAAGAACGGUAAAGAAUGCAACUUUGCAAAUUUCAUCAGCCAGAGAAAGUAGACAAGAAUAUCGGAAACUUCGUCAAGGAGUCGGAGAAUUGGGAAUAAGACAUAGUGAUAGUCUUAUUAUAAGCCAGCUUAAGUCACGAAAGAAGCGUGUACGUUUUGGUAGAUCGAUUAUUCAUGGUUGGGGUCUCUAUGCCAUGCAAGACAUCGAGCCAAAUGAAUUUAUUAUUGAAUAUGUGGGUGAAAUUAUUAGACAAAAAAUUUCCGAUGAGAGGGAAAAGCGAUACUUUAGACAAGGAAUUGGUGACUCCUAUAUGUUCCGAUUAGAUGAAGACCAGAUAAUUGACGCUACACGUAAAGGUUCCGUUGCCAGAUUUGUGAACCACAGUUGUGAGUCUAAUGCAGUAGCAAAAAUAAUAACAAUAGACAAUAGUAAGAAAAUUGUAUUUUACAGCAAACGUCUUAUCCGAGCCGGAGAAGAAAUAACUUAUGACUACAAAUUUAACACGGAAGAUGAGAAUAACAAAAUUCUUUGUCUGUGUGGAGCUCCAACUUGUCGAAAGUUCUUAAACUGAAGUGGCUCCGUGUCGUAAUUAUCGUUGA